AUGACGGUGCGGAGAGGAAAGAAGCUCAGCAUCUCCAUCCAGGAACACAUGGCCAUCGACGUUUGUCCUGGACCAAUCAGACCCAUCCAGCAGAUCUCCGCCUACUUCCCCCGCCUGUCCCCCACCUCCCCCACCCCCAUCUCCCCAAACCCCGCCUUGUCCCCGGUCCCCGCCUCCUCCCCUCUGGCCCUCAGCCCCGCCUCCGGGACCUCUGGAAUGGGCGGGGCUCACCUUCUGUCUCCACUGCUGGCCCAUGGCAGGUCCGGCGGCGGCGGCGGGGGGUCGUUGUCUCUGACGAGCAGCGUGGACACGUCUGUGGACAUCAACAGCUCUGACAGUGACGACUGCACUGCUCUGGGAACUCUGGAGUUCGAGCUGCGGUACGAUCAGAGCUCCAGCGAGCUGCACUGCACCAUUCUACGUGCCAAGGGUCUGAAGCCGAUGGACUUCAAUGGUCUCGCUGACCCGUACGUCAAACUGCACCUGCUGCCCGGAGCCUGCAAGGCCAACAAGCUGAAAACAAAGACGAUCCGUAACUGUCUGAAUCCAGUGUGGAGUGAAACUCUGACCUACGUCGGAAUCACAGAGGACGACAUGCACAGGAAGACACUCAGGUUGUCUGUGUGCGACGAGGACAAAUUGACUCAUAAUGAGUUGAUCGGAGAGUCGCGAGUUCCUCUGAAACGGAUGAAACCAGACCAGAGCAAACGCUUCCACACCUGUCUGGAGCAUCCACCGCCGGUCCCCUCCCCCACAGCCAUGGGUGAAGCUCUCAGAGGAAUAUCCUGUUACCUGAGAGAGUGGGAGAACGAGCAGUUGCACAGCCUGGAGGAAAGGGGGCGCCUCCUCCUAUCCCUGCAGUUUCUGCCACCGCUCGCUCUGGAUGAUAAAGAAGAAGAAGACAGAGGACGUGGGGGCGGUCUGUGUGUGGGCGUGAAGCGCUGUGCCCACCUGGCGGCCAUGGACGUCAACGGAUUCUCCGACCCUUACGUCAAAAUAUAUUUGAAACCUGACGUUCAGAAAAAAUCCAAGCACAAAACGUCAGUGAUGAAAAAAACCCUCAACCCCGAAUUUAAUGAGGAUUUCUUCUACGAGAUUUCUGCGUCAGAACUCGCCAACAAGACACUGGAGGUGACAGUGUGGGACUACGACUUAGGACGCUCCAACGACUUCAUCGGUGGAGUCUGUCUGGGCGCUCACUCGCAGGGAGACUCCCUCCGUCACUGGGUGGACUGUCUGAAGAACAAGGGCCACAGGGUGGAGAGGUGGCACGUCCUGACCAAUGAGCUCCCGCAGACCGCCGUCAGCCACGACUGAGCCGCGACGCACGGAUGCUUGGCUGUAAGGGAUCACAAGCUUCCUCUGGUUUCUAUACAGCACAGACUCAAACAACGACGCCACAGGAAUCCAGUGAGCAGCAGCAGCAGCAGCAGCAGCAGCAUGCUGAUGCAUGUGCCUUCAUUAUUCACACACAGUGAAAAAUCCAUGUUCUCAGAUUUCUCUUUGCUCAGA